GGUGCCCUCAUUUGAUGUAUUAAAGAAAAACCUGAGAUGGGCAGUAAAGUGGUAAAAACAUGUUUUUUUAAGAAAAACUACCACAAUAAGGGAAAAGAGACCUCAGCAGAGAACUGGGCUUGAUUCCAAAUACAACAGGGAAAAGUGGGGGUUUAUAGGCAAGGAGCAGGUGGAGGGCGGUGGAUGGAAAAUUACUAAGAGGAAAUACCAGGACUAAGGGGGGUUCUGGCUAAACUGUCCUGACAGGAUUCUUAGUGCAGGCAGGCCAAGGUGAUCAAUCAUCACAUGGGGGUUGUUGAGGGAUGAGGAGCCUGAUGAGAUAUCCAGGCUGAUCAGAUAUCGAGAGUGGGGGAUUCUGGCUAAACCCACUUAACAGGAACUUAAGGACUAGGCCCCAGGAUAGGCUUAGUCAAAAAAGUGGCGCAGAGGAGCCAGAGGAGAGUUUGGUCUGGGAGAGAAUCUUGACCAAGGUGUGGGGAAUCUUAGGUUGUCUUUGACAUUGCUCAUGUUGCACAUUACUUUUGUUGGGUGCGCCACUGGGCCCCAGGCUGUGCUUUUUCCCUGUAUCUACGUGGUACCUUUCGCAGUGGCACAGGUACAUGUACCCAGUGUGUCCAGCAGGGGGCAGUGCUCACUUGCAGAUGACUAUGUCAGGAAUGAAGGCAGGGGUGAGAAAUCUUUUUUUUCCCCUUACUUUCCACAAACUUUCUACCCGGAAAGUCACCCCCUCACCCGACCCCUCGUGCUGGGACAAGCAGUGAAGCAGGCAGCCAGAGAUGCCAGCCAGGCUAGAAGGGGGAAGGGAGCUGGAAGUAGCAGUGGUCACAACCGAGAGAGCCAAACAUUUCUACAGCCCCCAGGACAUUCCUGUCACUCUCUACAGCGACGCUGAUGAAUGGGAGAUGUGGAAGUGCCGAUCCGACCCAGUUCUCCACAUUGACCUGCGGAGGUGGGCCGACCUCAUGUUGGUGGCUCCUCUCGAUGCCAACACCCUGGGGAAGGUGGCCAGUGGCAUAUGUGACAACUUGCUUACCUGUGUCAUCCGAGCCUGGGACUGCCGCAAGCCCCUGCUCUUCUGCCCAGCGAUGAACACCGUCAUGUGGGAGCAUCCCAUCACGGCGCAGCAGGUGGGCCAGCUCAAGGCCUUCGGCUAUGUUGAGAUACCUUGUGUGGCCAAGAAGUUGGUGUGUGGAGACCAAGGUCUAGGGGCCAUGGCCGAGGUGGGCACCAUUGUGGGCAAAGUGGAAGAAAUCCUCUUCCGGCACAGUGGCUCUCAGCAGAGUUGAACCCAGGAUUUCUGUCAUGUGUGUCCCUCUGCACUCAGCGUGUUUUCAGGCCAAGUCUAUGAAGAAGGUGGAUGUUGGCAAAAUACGGUGAAGACUUCUGCGUUUACUGGGGAGGAGUCUGUCCUGGGCUGGGGGCCUGACUUGCCUCAGGUUCAGUUAGAACAAAGGCCCAGGUCCCGACUUCUUUCCAGCUAAGAGAUGCCUGCUUUCCAGAACCCUCCUCCCCUUUCCCUGGGAUUGGCACAGCAGGCUGCUGUACGUCCCUGUGCUCUGGGAGGGGGACUGAGGGAUGACAGAGAAACCUUGAUUCUCCUGGUGCCUGGGAGCCGCUUCAGCUCCUUGGUGGGCUGCCCUGGCACCAUGCAGAGUCAGAGAAGCCUGUGAUUGGCAAGAUGCUGAGAUUCUCCGUAGACCAUGCGGUGAGAUCGGGGGGUAAUGGGGAAUAAAGAAGAGUGACCUGUA